AAGUCAAUAUCCUUAGUUGAUAAAGCUUUGUAUAAAAACUUGAUCACAGAAGUAUCACUGCAGAGGAAGAUUUUGGAAUAAGACACAUUUUCAUUGUCAGUUGAAGAUGGCGCGUCACGUCCUGCUAUGCCUACUCUGUUUGUUGACUUGUAUCCCAGGAGGGAUGUUACUGACUAAUGAAGAACUGGCGAGAGUAACAGAAUACAUCAAGAAAGAAAUGACUGAUGGACACCUCAACUUUCAACAUGCCUAUGCAGUGAAGUUCACCUUGGGUGAAUGCAGACGUCUAAGUCCUGAAGUCAUCAAGCAAGCUCUGAGCCAAGAAGAUAUUGAAUCUCUCCGUGACACAGUCUACAAAUUCGGGGUCUAUAACGGGCCCAGAAUGGUGGCAGCCUCCUACAGCGAUUCACAAGUUUCACAACCCACAUUGCAUGCUGAAUAUCGUCUGUUGCAUGGUGAGGGUAACGUUUCUCCCAUUCAGAAUCUGAUGAACAAAGCACCGGAGGCCGGAUGCGUUGUGUUUUUUUCUUUAUACUCCCCAUGUUUAAGCCGGUGUGUUAAUAUUGAGAAUGAUUUCAAUAUUAUAAAGGAGCUUUCUGUAUUUGAUAAUGUAAAUGAAGCUCAAAGAGCUUUUGUUUUUAGAAACAUAUACUCUGAUGAUAAGAAGAGACCCGAUAAUGAAAUCGUGGAUGGUUGGCGUUCACUCAAUGAAAGGAUGACUCUAUUCAAUUGUAAAAAUGGUAACUGCGAUCGAUGCUUCAUAAGACCUGUCGGUGGUAAAGAAAGCCUUGUCGUUCGGAAAUGCCUUCAUCCGUAAUUAAAGGGUAUGUCAGGGCAAAAGGAAAAAUACAUAUUCAGUACACCUCUAAAACACGAGCACAUUUCUUCAUGUUUUAUUCAUUUUUAAAAGGUGGUAAGAAUGAAAAAAAUACUCAUUGACCUGCCAAAAAUCUAGUGAGCUCUUAAUUUCCUCUUUGGGAAUGACAAAACAGUGGUUCUGCUGUACUGAAAUGUCAACUAGCAUUGUCAGUCCUGCCUGCUUAACUACCGAAUUCCACCUAUCCCCUUCCUUCUCUGUCCACUCCUCCAACGUACAUUUCAAUGUAGCUGCCUUGAAUCGCCAAGAGCCUGCCCACACACUUAGGUAGAUUCAGGUACGUGAGCCUAAAGAUUGCGGCGGCGUAGCUUAGCCAUUUCAGGCUACGCCGCCGUAAA